AUGCCAUCAUCCACUCUGUCCUGCAAACCUUUUGAUCUAAAAGAGCGGUCUUCCAGGUGUGGCCCCAAAUCAACAGCAUCAGCGUCACCCAGGAGCUGCCUGAAGCCCUCUUGUGGGAAGCAAUUUUGUCUACUCCUUUCUGUGAGAAGUUCUCAGUCACUGGCUCGCCCUGGGAGAGAGAGUGCAUGUGUUGUAAGCUACCAACAGACUUCCUCAGACACAGUGAGUCAGUCUGAACACACAGGCAAGGUUGCAGAGCUCCAUGGCCUUCGUCCCUCUUGGCUCAGCCAGGCACAGUUCCUCUUAGCCCAAGACAAAACUGCCUAUGCUGUUAAAUCAGUGGUUCUACCGGCUUCCAAUCAUAAAACCAAGGGGCAAUAA